GUUUUUUUAAUUAAUAAUAUUUUUCAUUUAUUGUUAUUAAAGCCACAAUCUUACAACUGUAAAUCAUAUUUUAGAAAUGAAAAAAGAAAAGACAAUUGAAGAUUAUAGAGCAGCUGUAAUAGCCCUAAAGAAGCAGUAUAAAAGUUAAGCUGACAAUUAUUAGUAGCUUUAGAAUGAAGUCAAAAAACUGGAGCCGAAUACAAAUAAACAUUUCAGCAUAUUUGAAUAUUUAAAGAAGGCAUAAAAAUUAACUUAAAAUGUUACCAAAAUGCAAUCUCUAAUUCGAGGAGGUCUAUGUAGGAAAAAAAUAAAACAAAUCAGAGAAAGAAUUUAAAAUGGCAAUAAAGCUAAAAGCUAGCAAGAGAAAUAUUUAGAAUAUGUUUAAAAUGAUAAUUAUGAACUUGAUGGAAUCUUAGUAGAAAUGAAUAAUGCUUUAAAAGCUUAAUAUGGUUUGAACUUUAUAAUGGUAUUUAGAAUAGUAGAUAAAAAAGCUUAAGGAUCUGUUCUCGCUCAUGAUUUUGAAAAUUUUCUACUGAAAUUUGUUAGUUUGAACUAAGGAAAUAAUAAUUCCUCACCUAGUAGCUAAAGCAUAACUUAAGAAAAUAUUAAAAAAUUGAUAAAUAGUUUAGAUAAAAACAAAUCAGGUUACAUCUCUUUUGAUAAAUUUUUAAAUGUCCUUGAAAAAUCAAGAUAAGCAGAGGGAUAUACAUAGUCUUAAUAUAAAUAAUCAUAAUUAUCUUUGCAUUUAGAAAAUGCUAUCAAAAAGAUUUUAGAAUUAUGUGAGUUUUAGGGUCUUACUCCAGAGUAGUUUUUUAGAUAGUAUGCUACCAAUAAUCCAUAAUAUAUGAAUAAAGAUAGUCUUUUUUAAGUUUUAAAUGACCCUAAUAAUUAAAUUGGUAAACUGACAAAAGAAGAAAAUACAGCCAUAAAUAUUGUAUUUAACUUAGAUCAUACAUAUUUUAUUAAGAAGUUAGAUUUUUUAUCAUAUGUUCUACCUGUCCUAAGAAGAGCUAAAGCAUAAUCUAAAUCUAAAGUAUCUCUUUCUUAAGCUUCUCGUAGUCUUUCUUCAUUAAACAUAAUGAGUAGAAUAAGUCUAUAAAGUAAAUAAAGCAAAUAAAGCAAGGGAGAAAAAAGUGUUAAUAUUUCACAAAGCCUAGAAAAUACUGAUGAAAAAGUUUAAGAAAUAAUAUAAAAAAUGUUUUAAACUAAACCUCUUCAUAUAUUUUUGGAGAAUAUAUUGCUAACAAUCAACUCAAAUAAAACGUUUUUGACAACAGAUGAUAUUUCCCAUCAUUUUGAUUAGUAUUUAGGAGAAAAUGCUAUCAGUUAUAAGGAAAAAGGGUUGGUUUUUAGGGCUAUUGAUAAAGAUGGAAAUGGGAAUUUAGAGAUGGAUGAGCUAGUUACGUUUUUUGUUUAGCAAAGUAAAAAAAUUUAACUAUCUUUGAACACAUUUUUAAUUAUGCAAGCUAAGAUGCUUGAAGUUGAUGGAGAAGAUACAGUUUCUUAUUUUAAAGAAAUUGGAUUGGAUGUGAGCGAAAAAGAUAAAAUAGAUUUACAAACCUUUCAUUCAACAUUUGGUGCUGCAAUAGGUUUAGAUGAAGAUAAUAUAAAUAGGAUGUUUCUCGAAAUCGAUAAGCAAAAAGAAGGGAAAAUAUCUGUUAAAGAAUUGAUUAAAAUCAUAGACAGUUUUAGGGGCGAUACUUAAUAGCUUUUGAGUAAAACCUAAGAAGAUAACUUAGUCUAAAAAAAAAUAAAAAUGAUAGAAGAUUUAAAAAUUCAAUUAGAAAUCAAAGCAAAAUUAUCUAUUUAAAAAUUAUGGGCCAAAGCUGAUUAGGAAAAUAAAGGAUACGUGACCCUAUACGAAUUAAAAACAGCUAUACAAAAUGUGCUACCUGAGAUGAAAAACUCAUAAAUUAUAAAAAUUUUACAAUUUAUUGAUGUAAAUGAUAAUAGCAUAAUUGACAAAUAAGAAUUUGAAUUAGCCUUUAUGAAUACAUAAAAUGAUCUUAUGAAAGCCAAAAAUCCUCAAAAUUAACAAAAUUCAAACUAAAAAAUAGGAGAUUCUAAUACUAUUGAAAACAAAGAAUAUUACCUUUAGAUACUUAAAAAUGUUAUUGUUUAAAAUAAUCUGACUCCACUUUAAUUCUUUGAGUAAGCUGAUGUUGAUAAGUCAGGAGAUAUAAGUUUAGUUGAAUUAAAAGCUAUUCUAUCUAAGCUAAGUGUCGAUCUCUCUAUUUUAAUUAAGCUUAUGAAAAUAUUUGAUAAAAAUUCAGAUGGCUGUAUUAGUUAUCAAGAAUUUGUAUAAGAGAUAGGAGAAAAAAUUGAUAUCCAAAGACCUUCAUAGAAAAUAAACUCACUCUUAGUUGUCAAAAAAGAAGUUAUAGAAGAUCCAAGGGCUGAUUUAGAUAUUAGAAAUAAGCUCAAUGAAUAUGGUGAAGAGAAACCAUAUGAACUUAAAGAGGCUUUACUUUCUUUGGGUAAAUUUUUAAUGGCAAGGAGCCAAAAAUAUAACGGAGAUAGUAAAAAGGCAUAUGAAGAGUUAUUUAAAGAGUUUGAUUAAAAUACUGAUAUGGUUUUGUCAAGAGCUGAAUUUAUUUAAGGGCUUGAUCUUUAUAACAAUGAGUUGAAUUUAACUGAUAGAUAAAAAAUUAGACUUAUGAUGACAGCUGAUUAGAACAAAGACAACAAGAUUGACAUGAAAGAGUUUAUAUCAUUUAUUACAAACUAAGUAUAUAAAAUAGAAGCAUAGGAUAGCGAAUCUGAGAAAGGUAAACGAAUCGAAAGAUUUAAAGAGAAAUUGAAAUAGUAAGGAGGGUUUACUGUAGAAGUUUCAACUCAAAAAGAAUUCGUUUUUGAAAAAAUGCAUAAAUUUUUAUUAAAGAAUUUGCAGAAUUUAUUAGAAAAAAAAUAGCUUGAAAAAGAAGAUGCUUCAAAUAUCGACAAGGAGGCUCUUGGCAGGAAGGUUUUGCAGAUUCUCAAUUUAGCUAGUUAAGAAAAAAUUGAUGAAAAAAUUUCUACCAACAAAAUAGGAGAGAUAUUAAUAUCAAAUACUUAUUAAUUUGAGCUUAAUAAUGAAGAUAUUACAUAUCUAAUGCAAACCUUUUCUGAUGAAUUUAAAGAUUAAGUAAUUGAGUUUACAAAACCAAAAAAAUCUGUUUAAAUUUCAAAAUAAACCUUAGCAUAUCUAAAUGUAGAAGAAGAUUGAAUAACUAAUAAUUUUAUUGAUCAAUCAAAAUACUUAUAAAUGUGGAUUGAUUCUUAUAUUAACAUAAUAUUUUAAUUCUUAUCCUGUAAAUUUAUAAAUUUUAUAAUUACUCAUCAAUUAAUUUGAAAGAAAUUUAUUAUCAAAA